CACACAUACACACUCUGAAACACACAUGAAGCAUGAUUUUAAACUGCUGACAGACAACCACACAAACACAGACACACACUUAAGCACACAGUCUAGGGAGAGGGACACUCGCUGCUGCUAAUCACUGGUGGGAUGGAGGGGGGCUGACCGUGUGGAAAUUUUCUAUCUUUUUUAGUUGUUUUUUUUCUCAUUUUACAGCUGCUUGUGGAAUAUUCAUCAAACGCUCCUGAUGGGAUUGGCUGGCGUGCGAAAGGGGAAGAGGAAGUAGUCCAGAAAAUGCACAGUGGGGAUCCCAGCAUCAACUGACAGCAGCCUGAAAGUGAAGUACACUUGUUUAUUUUGCAGGCACUCAGUGCUGACAGCAGCUGUAUACAACAGUUAUCAACAUCACUGCCACGGCCAUGCCUCGUUUAGGAGAUCCACAACACCGUUAGUUCUUACUGCGACCCCAUCACCUGGGCCCUCGCACGCCCUCAUGACUCCAGGCCGUCUGGCUCACAGCUACCCCGUCAACUUCUACUGCUGUCGGAAACAUUGAGGCACAUCCAGGAGCUGCCAACCUGGGACACCCCAGGGUCACCUUUGCCCUUGAUGCAUGGAUCCCGACAGGACUGGGGGCAGAGGAAUGAGGAGGAACAUGUUCCUAUGGUGGAUCUUAAUGCUUUUCUCCCAAGGAUUUGUAUUUCGCAACGUCCAAGGGGAACUUCCUUUUAUCUCUGGGAACAAUGCUGCCAUGCUGGUCAACUGGAACGCUGUUGACGGAAACAAGAAGUUGUUCGCAAUCUAUGACACGAGCGUCAAUGAACCGGGCAACAUGUCUUUCGUGAAGGAGACGGUGGAUAAACUACUGAAGGGAUAUGAUAUCCGACUGAGGCCGGACUUUGGAGGGGCCCCUGUUGCAGUCGGGAUGAGCAUAGACGUGGCCAGCAUAGACAUGGUGUCAGAAGUCAACAUGGACUACACAUUGACCAUGUAUUUCCAACAGUACUGGAGGGACAAGCGUCUAGCCUACUUAGGAAUCCCCCUCAACUUGACCCUGGAUAACAGGGUUGCCGACCAGCUCUGGGUCCCUGACACCUAUUUCCUCAACGACAAAAAGUCUUUUGUCCACGGAGUCACCGUCAAAAACCGCAUGAUCCGCCUGCAUCCAGAUGGAACCGUUCUCUACGGCCUCAGGAUAACUACUACAGCAGCGUGUAUGAUGGAUCUUAGGAGGUAUCCCCUGGAUGAACAGAACUGCACUCUGGAGAUAGAGAGCUAUGGCUACACCACAGACGACAUAGAGUUUUACUGGAAAGGAGGCGACACGGCUGUAACGGGGGUGACGCGGAUCGAGUUGCCUCAGUUCUCCAUUGUCGAUUACAAGCUGGUGUCCAGAAACGUAGUCUUUUCCACAGGUGCCUACCCUCGACUGUCUCUGAGCUUCAAGCUAAAGAGGAACAUCGGCUACUUCAUCCUGCAGACAUACAUGCCAUCGAUCCUGAUUACCAUCCUCUCUUGGGUCUCCUUCUGGAUAAACUAUGACGCGUCAGCAGCCAGAGUGGCUCUAGGGAUCACUACGGUGCUGACAAUGACCACUAUCAACACCCACUUGAGAGAGACGCUGCCCAAGAUUCCCUACGUCAAGGCCAUCGACAUGUACCUGAUGGGCUGCUUCGUCAUGGUCUUCCUGGCCCUGCUGGAGUACGCCUUCGUCAACUACAUCUUCUUCGGGAGGGGUCCCCAGAUGCAGAAGAAGCUAGCGGAGAAGGCAGAGAAAGCCAACAAUGAGAGGGCAGCCAAGUAUGAUGCUGCAAGGGAGGCAGGUAGUAGGACCGCAUCCCUAAAGCGGUCCAAUCAGGUUAAAGGUCUUCGCCACUCACGUUCGGCGGAACCUCACGGCCACGGUAACAUCCUGCUAACCACCCUGGAGAUCCAUAACGAAGUGGCAGGAGGUGAGAUCACCACCAGCUUGGCGGACAUUAGGAACUCUCAGUCCAUGGUGCAGUUGGACAGCACCGCCUCGUCGCACAUCCAGUACCGCAAGCAGAGCGGCGGGAUCGGCCCGCGCUCCACCAGCAAGCACUCCCUGGACCGGGCCGCCCAGCUGAAACGCAGCCGUCUGCGGAGGCGGUCCUCGCAGCUCAAAAUCAAAAUCCCCGACCUGACGGAUGUGAACGCCAUCGACCGAUGGUCACGGAUCAUCUUCCCUUCUGUUUUCUCACUGUUCAACCUCGUCUACUGGCUCUACUAUGUCUGAUUGGACUGUUGUGUUGAGAUGUUUGUUGUUGCUGGUUUGAUUUUUUUUCUUCAUUUUGUUUCUUUUUCUUCCUUUUUUCCGGUUGCUUUUAUACAUGAUCAAAUCUAUCGAAUUGAAGACUGCAACACUUCAAGACAAAAAACAACAGACUGAGAAAGGACCAAGUUCUUGUCAAAAUUGCUUUUAUAUUUGCAGUCUUUGAAUCCUUAGUACCAAGGUCUUUUUAUUUUCAAAAGUAUGUACUGUAAUUGGGACUUGUAACAGUCAUUUCCCAACAUUUGCCCUUUCAGUAAUGUGUAAAUAGAGAGAUACAAAGCCAGCAAUUGAAUAAAUAAUACAGAAUUAGCAAAAAACAAACAAUAGCAGUUAACGCAAUGACUUUUCUAAUUAAAAAAAACAAUAACUUUAUACUACACAGGUGGUCAGAUAAAUGCAGGCAAUUCCUAGAAGUCCAUUAAACAAACUAAUGUAUGUUUGACUGGUACUAUAUGCACUAUUAAUGCAUGUAAUGAUCAACCAUAGUGAAGAAAUGACUCCUUUUUGCCUUGGAUCAUGUCACAACUUUACAGAAGACUCUGUUGAUGUGUUAUUGUUUAUAGCGUUACAAAUAUACAGAAUACUUGCUAAUAACCAUGUCAUAUGUUUAUCUGGUAAAACUUUACCCAAAAAUAACAAUUUAAAGUUGAGGAUUUUACCCUCCGUUCAGGAUGAUUGUGACUCAGGUUCUGAAUCUUUUGCUAUUUGACAUCUUUUUCUUGACAAAGAAAAGUGUCCCUGGGAUAUCCUUUUUGGUAACUUGAUAAGGAAAAGAAAGCACAAAUAUGAAAUAAAACUGCCAUUUUUUCACCACUACCUUCUGGUAGUGCUUCAAGUGAUAGCAUGACAUAAUUGCACUCAAAUUUAUCAAAAUUCUUCUAAAAAUGGUCUUACUUUCAUUUAAAACAACUGCCAAGGGCCUUUUAGGCGACAUGGUUACUUAACCCUUGAAAUUUUAUGAUAUUUUUGUACUCUGUGUCUUCAGGUAUUCCUUUGACUUUCCUAACCCGUCUUUUUUUUUUUUUGCUCAACACUAACUGUGUUAUGGUGAGGAAUGAAAUCCAUUUUUUUUGUAUAUAUAACUAUAUACAUACUGUGUGUACAACCCAAAAUGAAAUUGAUCUGAGCAUUUUGUGAUUGUCAUACUGACUGUUAAAUGUCAGAAUAUUUAGUACAAAAAAGACACAAAAAAAGAGACGUCUGUUUCAAGCAUCAGUUUAGUUUUCUUUUGUGGGGCACUCUGAAUAUCUUAUCAAACAUCCGACCAUGUUGAACAUCACACUAGACACUGUAUGUAUGUUCACCCAGCAUUUUAGAGUUACUGUAUGCCCCGCCAUACAGCAGCAGAUGCAAAUGGAUUUCAUUGAUUCUGCAGACAGACCACAUAACCGGUCUGUCGACUAAUAAGCACAUGCUAGCGCCGAAUGUAAUGACUGUAUGCAUUCUUCAGGGAGAGGAUAAUGAGCCAUGGUCAUCAUUUCUCCAUCAGAAUGUAACACGCCCAUUUUUAAGUGACGAAGAAAGAGAGGGAAGAAAUGGUGUUUUGAGAGUGUGUGCAUGUUCGUGUGUGUGUACGCGAGAGAUGGGAAAUGGAUAAGGAGAGCUUAAGAUAGGAAGGGUGUGGGUAGACCAUUUAUUUUCUGUGCUGCUUGCUCGUCUAUGGGCAAAUGUCAACGUAUAAUAGUUUUGUGGAUAAAAAUAGCUCUCCUGUCCCACUCUUUUGAUAAACUGUGUGCCAUCCCACCUACGGUCGCAGAGCACUCAAACCAGUUACAACUCAUGGGCGAUGAUGUAAAUCUGUCAUUGAUACAUUACAUACAUUCAUCGUUUGUGCAUGUACGAGAAUACAUGUAGAAUAAAUUAUAAAAAAAAUGCUACUUGAAAACAUUGGGAUCAAUUUAACAAAAGUUUUCUGUGUACAGAUUGAUUGAUAUAUGACUAAGAACUGAAUGUAUUGUACUUGGAUUGUUCCUGCAUAAAUGCAAUUUUCUUUCUGGAAACAGGAUUGACCUCAACUCGGAUUGAUUAGGGCUCUCAUUGAUUCCACAUUCAAGUGACCCCAAGUUUCUUGCAGUUUUCUUGACCUGUUUUCUACUGUGUAGACGGGGCAUAUGUGACAUAUGUGUGGGCAUACAUAUGACCUGGGUCCAAGAAAUUAUACAUAUAAUAAGGUCCUGCUAAAGGUGUAUUCAGAAAGAUUUCCAAGUGAGAUUUUACCUCUUGUCAUUUAUACAAAUUUGUGUUAAUUUGCCCUAAAAAGCCAAUGUACCGACUGUAUGUUAGCUGUAAGCUAGCUGGCAAUAGACACACUGAAACCUCUGUCUGGUAUUCCCUCUAGUCUCUGUAUGUUUAUAAAACAGAUUUUUAAAGCCGUGGAAUCUGCAAAAUUUUUUCGGUAUUUUCAACCUGCAUGGAUACGUCAAAUUGGGUCUUUUUGUAGAGAGGAUGUCUCGACAGAGCUUUGUUUCGUGAUCUCAUGCAUCCAUGGUUGUUAAGACAUAGAACCAGUUUGUCCAACUCUGAUCAAGCCGCUUUGUGUUGGUUGAAGGAGGACAUUUGUACCAAUAAGACACAUUUCUGGAACUAAAGCUGGAAAAUGUUAUACUUCCUCACUUAAUGUUUCACUUUGAUAUAAAGAAUUGCUUAUGGGUCAGGUUUUUGCAGUUGGUCAUUGUCGCAUUAUUUUAAUUACCAAACUUUAUAGUGCAGUUGAAAAGGGAGAUGCGGUAACUCUCGAUACUCGUUUAAGAUGCAUGCAACUAAAAUUCAUAACAUGGGAAGAUUAAAAAAAAAAGAUAUUUUGCAAACUUACUCAUGAGAGCUGCUCAUUUUAGAGAUGACAUUAUGCCAUGUGAGCCUGGAAUAAAAAAGAAAAAGUAACAAAAAUAAGGAGUCAAAGACUUCAGGUGUUGUAUGGCCUUGAUCCCAUAAUGGAAUGUGAAAUGUUCUGUGCUGCCACAAAUUGUAUUUAGGCUUAGAUUUAUACUGUAUAUCUCUGUAUGUUUCUCUUCCUUUUUCAAUAGAUUAUCAUGUUAAACCAUCAAAUAAAUGAUAUACAUUGUACCUGUGUAUUUGGUAUUGAGAGCAUGCAUGACACUCCGUAUGAAUCUCCAUAUACUGGACAUUUAGAGCAAGCUAAUACAAUAAACAGUGAUUUCAAACAUACAA